AUGGACCGAAAAGAAAGAAUUCCCCCGAACAUCCGCGAAUCCCUGUGCAAGCACCAACCCCACCCAACAUGCACCCCACGUACCACAAGGAAAGAAGACAAGCCCGAGUGGAUACCCUGCGGCGAAGACACAGCCCCCGUGCGGAUGUAUCAAGCCAACAGUUCGUCAUGGCCUCGAGGCAGUUACGACGCUGCCAAAAUGUGCAGUUCUGCUCCAGAACUGGGCUCCAGAACUGCGGCUGCUUCGGGAUAUCCAGCAACUGUUCAGCCAUCAUCUUCCUACUCCAUGCCCGACUUGACGAGAGCCAGUGGAGCGCCAUGGUGGGGCGGUCCUAUGAUGGAAAUGAUGCGACCACCCGGCCAGCGAAUGCCAGGAGGGGCGUUACCGGCGGUGCACACAUAUGGACCCACAUCCAGAGAAGCCGCAGAAAUGGCAUAUGGAAGAAGUAUGCAGAGACCUUGGAUGCGGCGAAUGCCAGGUUUUCUCCCACCUCCAGGAACGGCCGCGUUUCCGGGCUACCCAGUGCCUCAGAUGGCUGCGCCGCGUGGUUCAUUUCCUUCGCCAUAUUUUCCUCGGGGGCCAAGAAUGAUGCCCUGGAUGACGCCUGGAAUGGUGCCUGGAAUGGGGCCCGGGAUGAUGCCAGGGAUGAUGCCCGGGAUGAUGCCCGGGAUGAUGCCAGGAAUGAUGCCAGGCAUGAUGCCUGGAACCAUGCCCGGCGCGAUGCCUAGAAUGUUUCCUGGUUUUCCGCCAGGCAUUACACCUGGUUUUCCCAUGGCUCCUGGCAUGAUGCCUGGUUUCGCUCCAGUGCACCCACAGCCGCCCAUGACGAUGAUGUCACCUUACGCGCAAGGCAUCGGCGCAGCACUCGAGCAGAUAGCAUCGGCCGGAAUUCUCUCGCAGGCCAGUGGAUCGCAGCCCAGUUUUGUCCCCUACCCGAUGUCCAUUCCCAUGCCGAUGCAAACCCCUGGAGGAGGAGUUGGAGGUAGUGGUGUAACCAUAAUCACCGGGGGUCCGGCCCAGCAACCGUACCCGUACGCUCCACCGUACCAGUACCCGCCCCCAGAGCAGCAGACCCAGGGCAACACUUUGGCGGAUACGGCGGCCAUGAUGAUGAUGAUGCGGCAGAUGCGAUCCAUGAUGUCGCCCCGCGAUGGCAGAAGAAGACACCCGAGGGCGCGCGACAUGGCACCGACCGAGUCGCCUUCCUUGUCGUCACCCGUGCCGCCCGAUACCACCGCGGGUGACAGAGAGCUUAAGAAAUCCGUGAUCAAGGCAAGGCGCGAUUCUGCGGAAUCGCUCGGCAAGAAGAGAGUCCCGAAGCCUGAAGUCGACAAAGGUCCCAAGGAUACUGAGCGCUCGCCGCAGGACGCCGAGCUUUCGGAAAAGUUGAAACGCGAGAAGCCGGCAGGAAAAGAAACGGAGGAACGAAAAAGUGAGAAGGUUGAGGGCGGAAGUGGGCAAGCUGAGGAAGAUGCAAGCGCCAAGAAGGUCGAUAAUGCCAGCGCACCAAAGUCGCAAUCAGGGACGCAGGUGACCAUGGGCAAAGGACCCGACUUGAGUGCCCCUUCCCUUAGCCUCAAUUUUCCAAGCACAACGGCUCUCGGACAUCACAUUGUGUCGCCGGACGAGGAGGCCGAAACACAACGCCCUUUCAACUGGAUUGGUCUAUGCUGCUACACCCUGUUCAUCAGUUUUCUCGUGUGCCUCGUUGUUAUGGCCACAGCACCGACUGUGUUGUGGACUUUGCUAGGUACGCACAGUCGACACAUCGAUAUUCCUAGCACUGAACUAUAA